AUGGGUUGUUUUGGUGGUGAAGCUAUUGAAGAUUUAUCUGGAGAUGAUAAGCAACGUAUUCGGGGAUGUACAGACGUCUUAAUGUUAAUUAUUUUUAUUCUAUUUUGGUUUUUACUUAUCUUAAUAGCAGCUUUUGCUUUGGUUUUUGGACAUCCAAAACGUCUCACUCACGGUUAUGAUGAUUUCGGCAAUAUUUGUGGUGCUGAAAAUGAUAAGAUUGGAUCAUUGGAACAUUCAGGACUUGAUAUGAGACAAAGACCUUAUUUAUUUUAUUUAGAUAUAAGUAAUAUAAAAAAAUCAUUAAAAAUUUGUGUCUCUAAGUGUCCCGAUAGAGAUUUAAAUAGUAUGAACGAUUUAAGAAAAUUUUAUCUGGAGACGAAUUCUAGUUUAUGUCAGUACGAUUUCAAAUUUGAAGAUGUUAAAGCUAGACAACCGGAAUUAUUUUCUAGUGCAAUGGGUCCAUGUCCAGUUUUUCCAGUAUAUAAAAGCAUAAAAGUUUUAAAAAGAUGUGUUCCACAAAAUGUUUACGAUGUUGCUAAGAAUAUAAUUUCGAAUACAUAUGGAGCUAUUAAUAGUUGGGAUGCUGUGGAGCAUGUUUUAUCUGAUUUAUAUGCUACUUGGCCACACAUUCUAGUAUUUUCUCUAUUGGCUUUUGUGUUUUCCUUAAUUACAAUAUCAUUUGUACAUUUCCUUGCUUCGAUUGUUGCUUGGAUAUUUAUGAUAGUUAUUUCAAUAGCAUCUUUGGCUUGCACUGGUGUUUUGUGGUGGACUUAUGCAACUAUUAAGUGGGAUUUAGACGCAAAGCCUAUAAAUACUUGGCUAAUCAGAACCGUACAUAAUGAACAAGCAUUUUUAAUAUUUAGCAUUGUCGCAACUAUUUUAACAAUAAUUCUUCUUCUUGUCGUUUUUGUAAUGAGAAAACACGUUGGAUUUAUUUCAAAUCUGUUUAAAGAAUCUGCUAAAUGUAUGUCUCCAAUAAUUACAUUUCUUAUAUUGGUUGGAUAUUUUGCCUUUUGGUUAACUGUUGCCGUUUUUCUUGCUACUGCAAAUUACACUAGCGAAGAUAAAAUGAAACCAUAUGAAAAUUUACAAAUUCAAACAACCGUGCCUACGCAGCAGGUAAAUUCAUCGUCCAUAGGAUUUAUAGUACCUAGAAACUACAGCACAACAGAUUUGCAACAUAAAAGUUUCACAAGAGUUAAAUAUACCGACAGUACGUGGGUUAAAUACAUGUGGUGGGCACAUUUAAUUGGACUCAUAUGGAAUUCGGAAUUUAUAUUGGCGAGUCAGCAAAUGGUUUUAUCCGGAGCAGUUGCAUCCUGGUAUUUUAAAAGGAGUAGAAAAGAUGGUGGCGGUGAUUGGUUUAUACUUCAAGCAAUACGACGUCUUAUUUGCUAUCACAUGGGAUCAGUUGCUUUGGGAUCGUUUCUAAUAACAUUAUUUAAAAUUCCUAGAAUUAUACUUAUGUACAUACAGACAAAACUUAAAGCCAACAGCGAAAGCGAUUGGGCUAAAUGUUUGCUUAAAAGUUGCACUUGUUGUUUUUAUUUAGUUGAAUGUUUUAUACGUUUUAUGAAUCACAAUGCAUAUGCUGUCAUAGCAAUGCAAGGACAUAAUUUUUGUACUUCUGCUAAAAUCGCUUUUAAUACAAUCAUGAACAAUGUUGUCAAAUUUACGACGUUAAAUUCGGCAGGAGAUUUUAUAUUGUUUUUGGGUAAAUGCAUCGUUACCCUCUCGACGACGAUAAUUGCCGUCAUUUAUUUAAAACACGAAGAAGAUUUACAUUUUUAUGCGGUUCCCGUAUUAAUCACUGCCAUAUUUUCAUUUUUCAUAGCUCACGCCAUACUUUCUUUAUACGAGGCCGUCAUCGAUACAUUAUUUUUAUGCUUGUGUGAAGAUUCUAGACUUAAUAAGGAUUCUGGUAAAUGGAAAGAAAGUUUACUCGUCGCCAAUAGUAAUUUCAUAGCACAGGAACUCGCUCCAAUGAAUUCUUAA